AUGGAGAGCUCGAUAUCUUUAAAAGACGCGCCAGAAAUGGACUACAAAGAGGCGUUUCUAGACGUCAUGCUGGUUCCCGGCGGUACUCUCGAGGCGGUGCAGGAGCUCUACGACAUCUGCCACGUGGAGGCAUUCGUCGCAGCGAUGCUGGACAUUCGUGCGACCGCCGUCGCCAGGCGACGACUACUUGGCGUCGUCGGCCCCGGUACCACCAAGGCGGAGCAGUACACGGUUCGAGACAUUCCCGUCCCCUCCUCCCCACUCCUUCGCCGGCCCACCAUUCUCUCUCCCUCCCACUCCCCUCCUCCCCCCCACACACAGGACGCGAUCCCAACAGCCAUGCUGCGAAUAAGCGGCGUCCUGCACGAGCCCGCGACGCGCCUAUUCAACGACGUGUUGCGAUUCAUGGGCGUGCACGAGGGCAAGAUGCUCUCCCGCGCGGAAGAGGUCGCGCUGGUGGCGCGCGUGUUUCUGGACCUGGGGAAGGAGCCGCCGCUGCGAGAUGAGCUGUUUCUGCAGCUGUGGAAGCAGACGCGGGGGAACGAGUACAAAAAAGCUGCUCUUGAUUCAGUUCAGGAGUUUGCUAGUGGUGCGGGUAACGCGCUGGAGGUGGCGCGUGUGUUUCUGGACCUGGGGCUGCGAGAUGAGCUGUUGGUGCAGCUGUGGAAGCAGACGAGAUGGAACGGAACGCCCGCAGUGAGGCCACUCUCUGACUACUUCUCCUCGCUCGUCUCGGACGAGGCGGUAGUUGCUUGCAGGGAGCUGGAGGUGACUCUAGGGAAAGGCUUUCAGCAUCACCUCAACCCUCGUCAUCCACUUCCCCUUCCUUCCCCUCUCUUCCCCUCCUUUCCCCCCAGAGCCUCAUGCUUGAAGGUGUGGGAGCUAAUGCGGCUGUGUGCGGGCGUGUUCCCCCCCACCCCACCACCACCAUCGCGGGGCCUCUCUCUGAGUGCUCCUCUUCGCUCGUCUCCGACGAGGCGGGCGUCCUGCCUGAAGGUGUGGGAGCUGAUGCGGCUGUGUGCGGGCGUGUUCCCCCCCACCACCACCGUCGCGGGGCCACUCUCCGAGUACUUCUCCUCGCUCGUCUCCGACGAGGCGGGGGACGAGGCCAUUCGAGAGGCGGUGCUGGCUGCGUGGAAGGCGCUGGAUCAUGGAUUGAAGCACGGGCCUAGAAGAUGCGUGCCGGGGCAAGAUGAGGUGCUCUCGUUGCUGACGCACACACCCCUGUCAGUGCCAGUGUAUCUGUGCGACGACACCCUUGAAAACAUCCCUAGCAGCGCCGUGACCACCAUUGGCGAGGCCAUGCAGACCACGUACCCUGAGGCGUAUGUAACGGAUGUGAUGGCGGAGUAUGUGAAGGCAGCGCGCUGCUGCCUGGUGGCGGCAUGUACACUGCUGCACUCCCACAUGAUCUCCCACCCUGUCCCCCCACACCCACCAGACCAAGUGCCUCUGGACCCCGAGGCGGCAUGUGAAGGCGGCACGCGGCAGCCUGGUGGCAUGCAAGCUGCUGCGCGCCAUUCCCUUACACUCUCCCACCCCGUCCCGCCCAUCACACCACACCACCCACCACACCACGUCCCUCUAGACCCAGAGGCCUAUGUGUCAGACGUGAUGGCGGAGUAUGUGAAGGUGGCACGCGGCAGCCUGGUGGCAUGUACGCUGCUACACUCCCACCAUGCCCUCGUGCUCUCCCAUGCAAUCCUCCCAACCUACCCAUCAGACCACGUCCCUCUGGACCCAGAGGCCUAUGUGUUCGUGAUGGCGGAGUAUGUGAAGGUGGCACGCGGCAGCCUGGUGGCAUGCAAGCUGCCGCACUCCCACCAGCCCUCACCCUCUCCCACCCCAUUCAUUUCUUCCCCCACCCACCAGACCAUGUGCCACCACGUGCCUCUGGACCCAGAAGCGUACGUAUCAGACGUGAUGGCGGAGUAUGUGAAAGCAGCGCGUGGCAGCCUGGUGGCAUGCAAGCUGCUGCUGAAGAAGCGGUUCUUCAAGACAGACGAUGCUCUCGUUGCUGACCUGCAGCACGUGCGCCUCUGCUAUGCGCAGGUGGGUGUGGAGGUGGGCUUUUGGGUGCGUACGGGAACAUGGGUCGACCUGGUGGCAUGCAAGCUGCUGCUGAAGAAGCUGUUCUUCAAGACGGACGAUGCUCUUGUGGCUGACCUGCAGCACGUGCGCCUCUGCUACGCGCAGGUGGGUUGUGCCCUGGUCGCGUGCAAGCUGCUGCUGAAGAAGCGAUUCUUCAAGACGGACGAUGCACUCGUUGCUGACCUGCAGCACGUGCGCCUCUGCUACGCUCAGCUCCGGUACGACUAUCUCACAAACCACUAUCUGGUGACAGUGGAGGGAGCAGUGGUGCUGGCAGCUCAAAGGGUGGUGCCUGUCUGCCUCUUCCCCCCCUCUUCCCCACUCACCACUCCCACCCUUCCCACCCUCCCACUCCCCCAUUCCCAACAGCUCCGGUACGACUAUUUCACGAACCCCUACCUGGUGACAGUGGAGGGAGCAGUGGUGCUGGCAGUGGCAGCUCUGAAUGGUGCUGCCUGUCUGCCUCCUCACCACCCCAACCCCAUCACCCCUUCCAUCCUCACGUCCCUAACAGCUCCGUGGUCCCUGGACCACGAGGCCACGAGGCGGGACUUCAUCCGAAUCCUUCUGGAGAUCACUCAAGGCAGCUCAAAGUAUACUCAAAUAUUGUCCCCUCAUGCACGUGCUUCCCAAGCCUGUGCAUGGUCAUUAGACCACGAGGCCACGAUGAGGGAGUUCGUCCGGAUCCUGCUGGAGAUCCCACAGGGCGGGUCCGUCUUCUUUGACCUGCGCACAGAGGAGGACACAGCCAACUACUUCCCCAAGCAUGUCAUUGUGGGAGUCAACCACAAUGGGCUACAUUUCCUGGAUGCAGAGAUUCGGUCGGUCAUCCACCAAGCAGAGUUGAGGGAGCUUGCAGAGUAUGCAGGGCAGCCUGAUCGAAUAUUCUUCAGCAUGACUCUACAAGACGAGCUACACUCGUUCGAGUUUGCUACUACCGGGGGGGACGAGAUAUGCUUCUUGCUUGAUAUUCACAUAGCAAAUGCAUUGAGAGCAUCUCAAGUUCGGUGUGCUGGAAAUGGUCAGUUAGCGUCGUCGCAGCAGAUCCCGCCGUCGUGCGCCUCUCUCGCCAAGGUCUAUGUCGCCAGCACGGGCAGCGACACCGGCUGCUGCGACUCCACCACCGCUCCCUGUGCCUCCUUGCAAGCAGCGGUCGCCAGGGCGGCACCUUCCGCCACCAUCACCCUCCUCCCACUCCCCGCCGGCUCUCCCCUAUCCGCAAUCAAAUCUUCGCCGACCAAAUCCGCUGUUCAACUGGGCGGCAAAUCUCUCACCAUCACUGGCGCCCCUCCCGCGUCCACCCCCGCGUCUCCCGCUGCAAUCACACUCGACUGCGGCGGCGGCCCGUGCCUGAACGCCACGUGUGCUGGCGCGGGGUGCGGCGCGGGGAGCAAGGUGGUGCUGACGCUGGCGCUGUUCACGCUGACCAAUGGCGUGUCGGCUGAUUCGGGAGGAUGCGUGGAUGUGCGAGGGCAGGGCCUGGUUAUCAACAACGUGGCGUUCUCCCGCUGCUCCGCCACCAACCUGGGGGGCGCGGUGUCAGUGCAGGGCGCGGGCGCGUCGCUCACAGUCUCCUCCGCCUCCUUCUCCGCCUGCUCCGCGCCUGGGUCCGACCUCACCUACAUGUACAACUCGGGGGGCGGCGCUAUCAGCGUCACUGGACCCGAGGGGGGGGCAGCUGCACCUGGGGGUGUGCGCGCAAAGCUGUCCGGGGUGACGGCGAAUGGGUGCAGUUCGGAGAACGGGGCGGGAGGGGCGCUGCUGUUUAGGAAUGUGAGGGUGGAGGUGGACGGAGGGGAGAUGACCGGGUGCCAGGCGUAUUUCGGCGGGGCGAUUGCGACCAUGUACUCGAGUGUGUCUAUCGAUGGGGUCACUGUCAGCAAUGGACUGGCUGUUCUUGGAGGGGCCAUCGCGGACGAGGGUUCCUCCACCUACGCCCUUUCCUCCUCCUCGCUCACAGCCUGCUCCUCCAAUGGCACGCUGCCAGCUGUCGUGUACGCGUCAGGCUACGGCUUCGGGGGGUGUAUGGCGCUGAACGCCACGCAGACGGUUACAGUCACAUCCGUUAAUGUCACCAAGUGUGUCACGGAUUACGAGGGAGGAGGCGCGUGGGUGUUCACAGUCACUCAGGCAACUCUCACCAAGUGCAGCUUCUCUGACAGCUACGCAACAUACCUAGGAGGAGGCAUAUCCGCCACGGGCGGCGUCCUCCUGAUCUCCGACUCCACGUUCGCCCGCAACGUCAUGGACUACGUUUCCAGCGCGCCCUCGGGCGCCGGCCUAUCGCUGAGCGCCACGUCAGCGAAAGUGGAGCGCACCGUGUUUGAGGAUAACGUGGGGAUCAUGAUGGGGGAUGCGGCGACCGUGGAUGGGUAUGGUGGCGGAGUGUAUGUGGGGCAGGAUGGAGAGUCGACGGUAACCACCCAGGAGUUCAUCUCCUGCACCUUCUCGCGUAACUUGGCGAAGGGAGGCGGGGGGUUCUACCAGUACGGAGGCGUCGCCAAGUUCACCGACACUGUGUUCCGCGACAAUGGGGGCGGCGAGCUGGGAGGCGCAAUGCUGGCGCUGGUGACGGCGGAGGUGCAGAGCUGCACGUUUGAGCGCAACAGUGUGUCGGGGUCGGGAGGAGCCAUCUACAGCGAGGGCACGGGGUACCUGCGCAUCAUGGGGUCCACCUUCACUGCCAACUCCGUGCACCUCAAGGAUGGCGGCGCUCUCUAUGUCAUUGCGGCGGACAGCAACGUGACAGUGCAGGGAAGCACGUUCAGAGGCAACAGAGCCAACAGCUCGCGAGGGGCCGCCAUCUUCAGUGGGGGGUCGCUGCUGCAAGUAGACGACUCUCUGUUUGAGGAGAAUUGGUCCUACCUCAAGGGCGGCGCUGUCACAGUUGAAGGCUCUCGAGGCGCAGAAGCAACCACCCUGGGGCGCUUCUCAAACACCACCUUCACCAGAAACACCUCCCCGGUGGGGGGAGGCGCAUUCCUGUGCAGCCUCAACUGCACCGCCGAUCUCACCAACUGCACCUUCUCCGAAAACAACAGCACUGCCGCCGGCGCCCUACUCGCGCAGGAAACCUCCUCCCUCACCUUCCGAUCCUCCUCCUGCCAGGGCAACGCCGCGGACGCAGCAGGAGGGUGCCUAUUGGUCACGGAUUUCGCGACUAUUACGGCGGAUGGGAGCAAGUUUCGGGAGAAUAGGGCGGGGAGUGGAGGCGGGGUGGGGAAGGUGUCUGGGUCAGGGAGGCUGGUGAUGACCUGGUGUGAGGUGGAGGCCAAUGAGAGCCCGACAGGUGGCGCGCUGUGGGUGGAGAUGGAGGGUGUGGUGGAGGAUACGCGGAGUAGCUUCACGGGUAACAAGGCGAGUUUCGAAGGCGGGGCAGUUUUUGCCACACACAGCGCCACUGUGACGCUGCUCUCGUCGCAAUUCGGGUCGAAUUCCGCGCUGAGAGGCGGGGGUAUGGUUCUGGAUACAGAUGCGACUCUCACCUCCACCUCCUCCUCUUUCCUCAACAACUCCGCUUCGGCUCUUCUUAUUAGGGGGAGUUCUCAGGCUACUCUCACUACAGCGUUUUUCUCGGGCAAUUCGGCCCCUGCGGGCACCGGAGGGGCCAUCUGGGCAGCUGCCGAAACUUCUCUCACGGUCCGAUCGAGCAAUCUGACGAACAACACGGCUGUCACGGGCGGCGGAAUCUUUUCGGAAGGGUCUGCCCAGGUGACCCUGGAUGCGUCGCGAUUCGAGGGGAACAACGCGGUUACUGGUGCGGCGCUUGCUGCUGCGGGCAGCUCGAAAUUUUCGGCAGGGAACCUGACACUCGUGAAAAACAGCGCAAGCCGUGCGGGGGGGGCGGCGGCGUUUUUGGACCAAUCAAACGGGUUAUUUAAGGGGGCGUGGAUGACUGGGAACAAAGCGGUGGUGGGCGGUGCAGGGGUGUACGUGAAGCGAGCAGAGACUCUCGGGAUUACCUCCUCUGGAGCUGCAGCUGCUGGAAAUUCUACUGGUGCUCCGGCUACUGGAUCAGCAUCAGCUGCUGCCGCUGCGGUGAAUGAUGCGGGUAGUGCAGCUAGUGGUGCAAGCGGGGCAAACAGCAGCAGCAGCAUGGGAGUAGGAAAGGCUGAGCUGGCUCCGCUGGUGUGCUCAAACCUCACAUUCAGUGAGAACGAGGCCUUGUACCCGCAAGGAGUGGCCUUCUACGAAGCUUCCUUCAACCCUGCAGUGCGCAUCGGGUGCGACGAGUGCGUGCGGGAGCAGGAGAGCCAGACCAUAGGCAGCAUCCCCAAGAACUUCUACUUCACAUUCGCGGGCAUGGAUGAGGGGGCUAACGGCCUCGGCACGGUUCCGUCCUUUGUGGCUCUCACGGCUGUGGGGACGCCCAUCGCAGGGCUGACGGUGGUCAUUGUGGACGACUACAACAACACUGUUGUUCAGGACAACUCGUCCUUUGUCGCAAUCGCUCCCGAUCGCCGCAUCUCGGGGUUGCUGCGAGCAACAGCAGUGCAGGGACUGGCCGAGCUGCCAGAGGUCUCCGUCAUGGUCACUCCCGACGAGGCCACGCCCUUCCGCCUCCUCGUCACCGUCUCCAGCCCCACUAAUGAGUUCCCCGAUAUAACACACACCUUCACUGUAGACUUCUGCGCUGCAGGAACCUUUCUGAAUACAACCUCGGAAGAUGGAACCGGGGGGGACGGUGGUGGUAGUAGUACCAGCAGUACUGGGAGUGGGACAUGUGACCCCUGCCCUGUCGGUAGUUGGUGCGAGGCUGGUCAACCGUCCACUCCCUGCGACGACGGCAGCUUCACGUUCUACCCCUACUCCACUAGCGCCGACGAAUGUGUAGCGUGCGAGGAUGACAAUCUGGAUUGCACGGGCGGCGAACUGACGAUCGCGACGCAGGCGUGGUUGGAUCCCAGGACGUAUAAUGACACGCCGACCACGUACAGCUGUAUUAUCACCAAUGGGUGUGUGGAGCACCUGUAUGAGUACAACCUCACCACCAACACCGCGGAUGUUGAGAUCUGCCCCACCGGCUACGACCCCUCCUCUCCUGUGCUGCCUUUUUCCCCUCCUCUCCUCAAGUGUGCAUGUGCUGUCUGUGCGCCAACAACUACUACUCGUUCCUCGGCGAUUGUACUUAGAGUCGACUCGAAAGCCUUUCCUUCCUUUUCCUCGUUCCCCUUCACCUCUACCUGCAGCAUGUGCUGUCUGUGCGCCAACAACUACUACUCGUUCCUCGGCGAUUGUAACUACUGCAGCGACGUUUUCAAGAAGGUACAUGCUCUCGCCAACAACCACUUGUGUUCUCACUCACACCUGUGUGUCCCUCCGUACCUCUGUGCCCUGUAUGUAUGCGCCUUCACUCCCCAUCUCCUGCCACUUCCCUGUCAACCCACCCCUACUACCCCGUUUCCCCCACUUCCCUCCCACACAGCUCUUCCCGCUGCUCUUCAUCCUCAUGAUUGGAGUGUGGGUGGCCAUGUUUCUCCUUGCCAACAACCACUCAUGUGCUCACACCUGUCUUGCAUUGCACCCCCUACCCCUCCCCUCCCCCUUUCCACACAGCUCUUCCCGCUGCUCUUCAUCCUCAUGAUUGGAGUGUGGGUGGCCAUGUUUCUCCUUGCCAACAACUAUGACAACAUCGACAUCUUUCUCACCGAGGUACCUCCAGUUUCCAUGCUAGAUACAUGCCGUUUAAGUCAACUCCAAAGUAGUAGCCCUUCCUUCCUGCUCCUCCCCCUCGCCAACAACUAUGACAACAUAGACAUCUUUCUCACCGAGGUGCAAUACCUCACGGUCGUGGCCUCCAUAAACCUGAACGCACCAGCAGCGCCAAAUGGAUGGGUGGGGUGGCUCAUCAAGAUCUACAACCUCUCCGUCUUCGACCCCGACGUGGACGUGGUGGGACCCAACUGUGUGCUAACCUACCGCUUCCCGCAGCAGUUCGUCUUCGGAAUCCUCAUCUUCCUCGUCGGCCUCGUGGUCUACGCGCUGCACUGGUGCCUCUUCCUCCUCCGCGAGCAUAUCAAGCUGCUCAAGGCGAAACGGACAGCUGAAAACGGCGAGACGAGCGGAGUCGGGCAGCUGAGCAGCACGGCGGCGAAGCAGCGGAGGCAGGAGUAUUACAACGGGCUGGUCGGUGGUGUUGCGAGCUGGCUGGACGUUUGUUACAUGGGUAUUCUCGCCCGCGUGCUGCCCGUCUUCCAGAGCCAGAUGGUCGGGGAUACCAAGGUGAUGCUGUUCGCUCCGGAGAUCGAGUGGCUAUCCUCGACGCACAUGGGCAUGCUCAUCCCCUCUAUAAUCAUCCUCAUUGUCUACCUCGCGGGCGUGCCGCUGCUCUACGCGUGGCUGCUCUUCUCAGCCAAGUGGAACCGCACGCUCUUCACCGCUGAGUUUGACGACAAAUACGCUUUUCUCACAGAACGAUUCGGCCGCAAAUUCUACUGGUGGCACCUGCUCAACAUGUCUCUCCGGGUGCUGUACGGAUGCAUCCUCGUCUUCCUCUACGAGAACCCCGAGGCUCAGAUCAUCAUCCUCGUCGUCCUCCAGAUCCUCCGCAUUGUCGUCGAGUACCGCUUUGCACCGUUCACCUCCUCCUCUGUCGAGUACCUUCAGGCCACCCUCAACCUCGGAGAGGUGUUUUUCACGCUGUCGCUGCUCAUAUUCAACUACACAUCCGAGUCCAUCCUCUCAGAGGUCAUCAUGGCCAUCAGCACCGUCCUCAUGCUGCUGCCCGCCAUCGUGGCCAUCAGCUACGAGGUGUCGAGCAAGCGAAUGGAGGCGUUUAACAACAGUGUGCUGGACGAGAUCUGGGAGCAGGAGAGCGGCAAGAGAGAGGACCAGCUGAGGGGGCUCGACCCUUAUCAAAUCGUGCAGCUGACGCAGAUAGGAGGGUGGUUCCGCCCGCGUGCUCUCUUCCAGUUCCUUCAUCAUCGUCAGGGCAUUGACCUGCUGCUGAGGGUGCGCGACCGCGUGCAAGCGUGCUCCCUGGCAGGCCUCGGGGAGGUCGAGUGGAUCGAGCAGCUGAAAAAGCCCCAGCAGUACGCCGGUCUCUCCCAAAUCCUCCUCGGAAACAAAAAGGGUUACAUCCCCGUCGCGCGGUUACCACCUCAGGGAGUGUACUGUCUGCUGCACGGGGUGUGGCAUGCGGACGGGGCGUGCACGGCUGCCCAGGCUGCGGCGGCGGCUCGGCGCCGAACCAACCGCCGGACCAAGUCGCGAAGCAGCCGGGUUUCGUUCGGGGGAGGGAUGGGAGAGGGAGGGCCGGAGACUCCUGGGAGUGGGCUGAGGAGAAUGGUGAGCUGGGGGUCGAACACACCUGGAGGGGCCAGUAUGAGGGAGAAACCUGUUAAGAGUCUCAAGAUUGCUGAGAAGAGUUGGCCUCCGCAGCUUGGGAGGAAAGUGCACUGGUGCCCUGCUUCGGGAUUCGAUCCCCUUGCGGCGACGAAGAGGUUCGGGAGCGGGAGGAUGGGUGCUGGUGGGAUGGCUGGGACUCCUACGGGAGGAGGCGGGGGAUGGGGAGGAGGAGAGGAGGCUAGAACGCCGUACCCUGUUGCCCCGGAAACCCCGACUGGCAUGCCUGAAACUCCUGUUACCCCUGCUGCCCCUGCGGCCCCUGCGCCUGCGGCUGCUGUUAAUGGUGGUGGGGAUGGAGACUCAAAGCCAAAGAAGCGGCUUCUCAGGCAGCUGUCGGAUCGAGAUGACAGCGACACAGAGGGAGCAGCAGCAGGAGCAGGAGCGGGAGCAGGAGCGGGAGGGGGAGGGGCAGGGAGCAGGCCUGGUACAGCAGGAACGCCAGGAGCGGGAGGAGGGAUCAUGCGAGGGGCAAUCAGCCGACCGGGGAGUUCGGGAGGGGCGGCGAUCGGAGGGGCGGGCGGGGGGGGGAUGGAGGUGGUGCAGGCGAAUCUGGACAUGGCUGAGUUGACUUUUGCGUUCCAGUCGAACCUGGCUCUGCUGGUGAAGGCUGAGAAGAAACGCAAGGUGCAGAAGGAGGCGCUAAGGCAGAUCAUCCACUCCAAGGCGACUUACCACAUUCUCAGCUGGUUUACAAGCGAGGAGAGCACGGUGGACGAUCAGAGGCUGUUUGCAGAGCUGGUGAAGGCGGUGAGGCAGGCGGCCAAGACGCGCAAGAGGUCCAUGCGCUGGCUGCAGGGCGCUCAGUGCUUCUACCCUGGGGAGGGCCGCCUCACCAACCAGCUCUCCAAGAUGCUGAGUGAAGAGCGCCCACUUGACAACAAUGAACCUAAUGGAAUGCGAAUGGAGCCUUAG